AUGCUCAAGUUCCAGGUCCAUUCUCCGGGCAAGGUCAUCCUCCACGGCGAACACGCAGUUGUUUAUCAUCGUCCCGCCCUCGCCGCUGUAGUGGGUUUGGGCACCACCCUGAGGUUCCGCCAGUUGGAGGCUAGCCAUGUGGCAAGUUUCCAGCUGGAGGCGCUCAAUUGCACCUUGGAGAUCCAGUUAACCGAGUUUAACACCUUCCUGUCUGAAUUUAGGAGUAAAUACCCUUCAGACAGCACAGCCAAGCUUCUAGAAGCCGUUCGUGCGGAGGUUUCCAAACAGCUGGAGCGAUCCGGAGGCAGUGCGCCCAAGCAGCACACCCAGAGGGCCUUCGUCUCCAUCUAUUACUUGCUGGCCGGCGCUUUACUCUCUGCACCCGGCGAUCCACAACUGACACUGCAAACCGGUUUCCAGGUGCAGGUAGACAGCCAGUUGAACGUGGGCGCGGGUUUGGGCAGUUCCGCCUCGUUUGGCGCCGCUUUGGCCACGACUUUCCUCAUUUUGGCAGGCCACUUCGACAGAGACGGCUACUUGACGGAGGAAAACCAGGCAUUGAUCUCCAGUUGGGCCUUUGAAUCGGAGCGAGUUAACCACGGCACGCCUUCGGGUCUGGACAACACAGUAUGCACGUAUGGUGGAAUGUUGCGGUAUGUCAAGGGGCAGGGUUUUCAGUCGCUGAAGAUUCAGAAACCCCUAAACAUUCUGCUAGUGGACAGUCGUGUGAGCCGCAGUACCGCGGAUAUAGUGGCUAAGGUUCGUCACUUGGGCGAAGCCUUCCCUCAGCUCAUCGAAGCCAUUUGGCAGGCCUGCGAGGAGUUGGUCACUGCCGCCGUUCCGCUCUACGAAAGCUUUGGCAACGCAAAGGAUGACAGCGCUAAGUUCGAGCAGCUGGAACGUCUGUUCCAGAUUAACAAUGAUCUGUUAAAGGCUAUUGGAGUAUCGCACCCGAAGCUGGAACAGAUUUUUACCAUUGCCUUUAAACGGGGUUUUUUUUCUAAGCUAACAGGCGCCGGUGCUGGUGGCUAUGUGAUCGUCUUGCUGCCUGAAAACUACGAGUGCAAUGAGGUUUACUGGAAGCUCAAGGAGGAGCUCGAGUCGGCGGGUUUUGGGGUCCACGUAACGACGGCCGGAGGCGGUGGAUUGCGCGUUGCCCCACUGGAUGACUGAUGCGGUCUGGUUUUGUAUUGCUAUUGUAUGUAUUCGUGGUUUUGUUAUAACAUAAAAAUAAAGAAUUAUAAAUGUA